UCUCCCCGCCGCAGCGCCCGACUUGGUUCAGCCCGGGGCAGGCGCUCGCAAUAAGCCCUGUCCCCUUGGAAGAGCCUCGCUUCAGCCUCUCUUUUCUCCCUCCCACCGCUGCUGCGCACUGCUGGGCUCUGGCUGGGCCCGGGCGGCGGAGGAGGCUUCACAAGUUCCAGCUCCCGGGCCCGGGGCGCGCACACGGGGCUGUCCGGCCGGCGGGGGCGCGCAGAGGGUGCUGUGCGCGAUCCGCCGAUGCCGCGGUGAGAUGGCAGCAUCCUGCGCGGCGGAGCGCGGUGCGGAGGGGUGAGCAGCCGGCGGGAGAGAAAGGAGAAGGAGAAAAAGGCUUAAGCCUUAACUUCUGACAUGGCCACAGCCUCACCAAGAACUGAUACAAGUAACAACCAUAAUGGAAGGUUACAGAUGCAAGUAACAGUUUCUAGUGCCAAACUGAAACGGAAAAAGAAUUGGUUUGGAACAACUUUCUACACGGAAUUAACUGCAGAUGGAGAAAUCAAGAAAACAGCAAAAUCAAGUAGUUCUUCAAAUCCAAAGUGGGAUGAACAGCUGACAGUGAAUGUGACUCCACAGACUACGCUGGAAUUUAGAGUGUGGAGCCAUCACACUUUAAAAGCAGAUGCUUUAUUAGGAAGAGCCACUGUAGACUUGAGACAAGCUUUGGAAAUACACAAUAGAAAAUUGGAAAAGGUGAAAGAACAGUUGAAAUUAUCUCUGGAAAACAAGAGUGGCAUGGUGCAAACAGGCGAACUGACAGUCGUGCUAGACGGGUUGGUUGUUGAACAAGAAUCUCUUACAAAUCUCAGUUCACCAGCAACCAUAGAAGUUCAGCAAAAUGGAGAGGCUGUGCAUGAAAACAGAGAUGCUUCGGCCAGAAGUGCGUCAAGAUCUGCUUGUGAUGUUUCUAAUGGGAAUGACAAUCAAGUACCUUCAAACUCUGUAGUACAGAAUGCAUUCUGCAUAGAAGCUGUUAAUGGAAAUAACUCACCAUCUCCUACACAUGUUGCAGCCAGACCCAAAAAUACAACUGUACCAAAACCACUCGGAGCUGAGCUUGUCAACAGCACUGUUAAUGGUGAGACAUCUUCCUCUGCACCAGAAGCUGGUAAUUCUUCUGUCUCUGAAGCUAUGGUAGGUUCAGAAGCUCCUAUGUCUACAGAUUGCACUAACACUACAGCAGAACCUCAAUCAACAGAAGAAGCAGCUAGUUGCUCUGAAAGCCACACUUCUACGCUAUCCGUUGUGUCUGCUGGACUAGAAGCUUCAGCUACUACAGACUGUGCACAGCCUAAUACCACAAACAGUACAGCAGCAGAUGCAGCAAAACCAAGGGAAUCCUCCUCAGCCUCAGGUGCAUCAGGAGAGACUUUAAGACAGCAGACUGUUAAUGCUGGUACAGAACCUUUACCACCAGGGUGGGAGCAAAGAAAGGAUCCUCAUGGUAGAACCUAUUACGUUGAUCACAAUACACGAACUACGACGUGGGAAAGACCACAGCCCUUGCCUCCUGGCUGGGAAAGAAGAGUUGAUGAUCGUGGAAGAGUUUACUAUGUGGACCAUAACACCAGAACAACAACAUGGCAGCGACCAACAAUGGAAUCAGUCAGGAACUUUGAGCAGUGGCAGUCUCAGCGCAAUCAACUGCAGGGAGCUAUGCAACAAUUUAACCAACGAUACCUCUAUUCGGCUUCAAUGUUGUCAGCAGAGAACGAUCCACUUGGGCCUUUGCCACCGGGGUGGGAAAGGAGAGUGGAUUCAAAUGAUAGGGUGUAUUUUGUAAAUCAUAACACAAAGACAACACAGUGGGAAGACCCUCGAACCCAAGGUUUACAAAAUGAGGACCCUCUUCCAGAGGGCUGGGAAAUCAGAUACACUAGAGAAGGUGUACGAUACUUUGUUGAUCAUAAUACAAGAACUACCACCUUCAAUGAUCCUCGUACCGGGAAGUCUUCUGUAAAUAAAGGGCCACAGAUUGCCUAUGAGCGUAGCUUUAGGUGGAAACUUGCUCAUUUCCGUUACUUGUGUCAGUCCAAUGCACUGCCAAGCCAUGUGAAAAUCAAUGUAUCCAGACAGACUUUGUUUGAGGAUUCCUUCCAGCAAAUUAUGGCAUUAAAACCCUAUGAUUUGAGGAGAAGAUUAUAUGUUAUAUUCAGAGGAGAAGAAGGACUGGAUUAUGGUGGAUUGGCAAGAGAAUGGUUUUUCUUGCUUUCCCAUGAAGUACUGAACCCUAUGUACUGCCUGUUUGAAUAUGCUGGCAAGAGCAACUAUUGCCUACAGAUAAAUCCAGCAUCAACAAUCAAUCCUGACCAUCUUUCAUAUUUCUGUUUCAUCGGGCGUUUUAUUGCCAUGGCAUUGUUUCAUGGGAAAUUUAUUGACACCGGUUUUUCUUUGCCUUUCUACAAACGGAUGCUGAGCAAAAAACUUACUAUUAAGGAUCUAGAAUCUAUUGAUACUGAAUUUUACAACUCUUUAAUUUGGAUAAGAGAUAAUAACAUUGAAGAGUGUAACUUGGAAAUGUACUUCUGUGUAGAUAUGGAGCUCUUAGGAAAAGUAACCUCACAUGAGCUGAAAUCAGGAGGUUCCAAUAUCUUGGUAACUGAGGAGAAUAAAGAAGAAUAUAUUGGGCUCAUGGCUGAGUGGCGAUUUUCUCGGGGAGUUAGAGAACAAACCAAAGCUUUUCUUGAUGGUUUUAAUGAAGUUGUUCCACUACAGUGGCUACAUUACUUUGAUGAAAAAGAGUUGGAGGUUAUGCUCUGUGGUAUGCAAGAAGUUGAUUUAGCAGACUGGCAAAGGAACACUGUUUAUCGUCAUUAUACAAGGAAUAGCAAGCAGAUCAUGUGGUUCUGGCAGUUUGUAAAAGAGACAGACAACGAGGUUCGCAUGCGACUUCUGCAGUUUGUCACUGGCACUUGUCGAUUACCUCUGGGUGGAUUUGCUGAACUUAUGGGAAGUAAUGGUCCUCAGAAAUUCUGCAUUGAAAAAGUUGGUAAGGAAACUUGGUUACCAAGAAGUCACACUUGUUUUAAUCGUUUGGAUUUGCCACCCUAUAAAAGCUACGAACAACUGAAAGAGAAGCUGCUCUUUGCCAUUGAAGAGACAGAGGGAUUUGGUCAAGAGUAGAAGCAGCUUCUAGUCCAAAAGGAGACUUUGCAUAUUAAAAGGCUCAGCCAACUAAAGUUGCACACUUAAUUGUAUAUAAGCUUUUUGUUCUGUACAGUGAUCUUUCUGGAACUCUAAAAAGUAUAAUUGUUCUCCGUUCUUCCACAGAGAUAUGCAAAACAGUUCAGCCUUUUCUACUUUUAUUUAUUGCCCUUCCAAAAGACCAGAAAAAUCCCUCAUAAAUGUUGAAAGCAGACAAGAGUCUUAUUUAAAAUAUAUAUUAAAAAUAUAAAUAUAUAUACUAAUAAGCUCUAGUUUUAUAGAGCUUUAAGUGUAUGAAAAGUUGCAGCCAUUUAAAAGGGCCUGGAUUUGCUUUAUCUUGGCUUUAUUAUUUAGAAAAAAAUGUUUAAACUGCUCUGUGUUCUCUCUUAAGAAACAUCUCCAAGUUUGUUUUAUUGCAUGGCUGUUCUAAAAGGUGUUAAAGGCUUAGGCCAAACGUAUCCUAAAUAUGUAGAAAGAUGCUGCUGGUAUUUGAGAUGACAGAAUAUGAUGUUCUGUCAGUUUAAUUUUUUAAAAUACAUUAAUAGCUGAUAUAUCUCUCUUUACUACACUGAUGUAGCCAAGGUCAUUAAUAAAGCCUUUAUUACUUGCACAAGAGUAAUGUACAAUAAGAUGAAUGUGAUUUAAUGUUGAAAGGAAUUGGUGCCACUGUUCUGACUUGUUGUAGGAGCUGAACAGAAUACUUUGAUUCAUUUGAGCAGCAUUGAAAUUUGUUUACAUAUUACCUUGGGUUAUUACCACGAGGAUGUUAGAUAAUCUUCAAAGGAAAAAUAAUAAUAAAAGAGACACUAUUACACAUUUUCUCCUUGGUCUGUUGUCUUACAGGGUUUUUCUUUUUCAUUUCCUUUUGUCAAUCUGUGGUGUGUUUUUCACAGCUUCAUCGAGUUAUUAAUGUAAACUGAGAUAUAAGGGUAGAUGAGAGGUAAUAUGAACUUUGCUGCUUUCUACGCUCACGUUCCAUUUCUGUUAUCGGAUCUAGAAAACCCAAAUAAAAUUUAAUUGACACAAGCUUUGCACAGUUAAAAAUA